GCGCAUGCGUGUCGGGCCGCAGCCGCGGCGGCCAUGGCGUUCACGCUGUACGCCUUGCUCCAGGCCGCGCUGCUCUUCGUCAACGCCAUCGCGGUGCUGCAUGAGGAGCGCUUCCUCCGAAGGAUUGGCUGGGGAACGGACCAGGGACUUGGAGGAUUUGGAGAAGAGCCAGGAAUUAAAGGACAGUUAAUGAACCUUAUCCGAUCUGUACGGACAGUUAUGAGAGUGCCAUUAAUUGGAGUGAACACGGUUACAAUCGUGUUGCUCUUGUUGUUUGGUUGAAGAUGUCCUCUGGAAAUAACCUGUGUAGUAGACUGCAGACCAAUUUGCUCAAUGGGAUCCAAUCUGGCUUGACUACUGGAGCCACACAUGAGUCUCAAUAAAGACAGUGUUUCUAUUUAUUGUAUUCCUUAAGAAUCACUCCUAUAUCAUUAUACCGGAGAAUUACCCAAUACAAAACACUGUAGGUAUGCAGAACUUGAAACAUUUUCUUAAUAACAGCAGGUGUUUACAUUAUGCAUCAUCACAUGUUGUACCAAUUACUUAAUGGUGCUGUUCUUUAAAUUUCGUGUUGCUGUGGGCUAAGUUCCUAAAAUAAACUGUUUUUAAGUUGAAUUUUGUUUCAGUAAUAAUGACCCCAUUGAUAAAUAGCUAAAUGAUGUAAACUGUGAGGACCAAUGGAUCAGAUAUGGUAUGUUGGCUUUACAUUGAAUAUAAAAGAAUAAUUUUGGAUGUUGUCACAUAUGAAAAGUGUUGAAUGCUUUGGUAGUGUAGAGAGUAGAAUACAAUUGAUCCAUUUAGAUAUUGAUGGUAGCUAACCGGUUUGAUAACUGAGUAUACAUUGUGACUGUUAUGUAGCAAAAGUUGAAAGGAUUAGAGGAAACAGUGUAAAUGUCACUGCAGAAACUAAGAAAAUAGAAUUUUUGGUCUCUUUUACAGUUUGUUUUCUUUUAAAGUAUUUAUGUUUAAAAUAUGUGAAAGUAGCCGUUUGUAUGAAAUGUACUAUGCAUACUUUGCGCAGUCUGUUCUGGAGAUGCAUUUUUAUAUAUUGGGGGGAAACUGCAAUAUUAUGAAAAUGGCUGCAAUUCAUUCUUUUUCAUGAAAAGCAGAAAAUGUACAAAGUAAUUGUCUUCUGCGGAUUAAAUGAAUAUGCUGAUAGCAGAAAAUAAAA